AUGAUUAGGGUACAUGAAGAGGAAGUGAAGACAUGGACUACUGAUUUCAGUCCAAAAAGCAUGCAAUUAUAUAGUGAGUAUCUACAGAUUGGUCAAUGUUGUAAAGUCAAUGCCAAUGGUUACCAUGGGUAUGAAGUGUUUGAGGGAGGUGAUAAACAUUGUGUUAGGUUGGAUUUGGGUUUGUGUACUUGUUGGGCAUGGGAUCUUAGUGGAAUCCCAUGCCCUCAUGCUAUUGCAGCUAUGCUCUAUAAGAAUAUAGACACACUAACAGGAAUGCAUUGGUGGUUUAGCAAGGAGGCAUACUUAUUGACUUACAAAAAUAAGUUACAGCCUGUUCCAGGAGAAAAUUUUUGGAAAAUUGAACCUUCCCAAAAAAUGGAACCACCAGAUUUUGUGAUGAUGGCUGACAGGCCAAAGGUUAAGAGGGACAGGGAGAAGAAUGAAGCAAUUAAAAGGCAAGGAGGGUGGUCUUUGUCCAGAAAGGGUAGGCCAUCAAAAGGGAAAGGCAAGGCAAAACAACCUCAAAAGAAGGAAAGAUCUUUAAUAGAUGAGGAAACACAAGAAUAUAUAAGCUUAUCAAAUCCUCCAGUAUCUUAA